CGGUUUUUGUGAUUGAUUUUAUUCCAAAUCCGCGCAGUCCUAAUGCAAUUUGCAUUUGUGGCCGCCGCGAAGAGUGGUUGAGUGGCGGAAUUGGUGGCAAAGUGAUGUGCAAGAGGCUGAGGAUUCGCCAUUGAGCAAAUGGUGGCGACGAGAGUGAGUGCAGAAUGACGAGAAGCGUGAGAACAUUGUGCUGUUUUUUCCUCCGCGGACGCCAUUGAGAAGUGUGUGUGCAGAAGUCGGUUAAUUGUCCUCAGCAGUGAAAAAAAACGGUGGAAAUUGAGGCGUGCAUGAUGAAAACCAAGCUGGUUUCGCUGCUCUGGCGAGGAUCAGCCUCGGUUGAUCCGCGCUUCUCCGCCCCGAUGCUCAAGUGGUCGAUUCAGGACAUCAUCAACAGAGAGAUUUUCAUUCGGCUUUCCAUGGGAAUCGAGAGCGGCUGCCUGGAGACGUUCAAUUCGGAUUUCGAGCUGCAAUUCAAGCACCAGGUGAAGCACAUCAUCGGCAUGUGCAAAAUGCUCCGCAAGCCGGACGGUCGCAGCAAGUACUUUGAGAUUGGCAUUGUGCAGGCGAAAAGCAGUGGAAACUUCAUGGAACUGAUUGGCACGAUAAAUGGAUUUUUGUACCUCUUGAAAGAUCCGGGCGAUCCGCUGAUUCAUAUCCACUUGUACGAGUCCGAGUCGAUGGAAGAGCUCUUCCUCUUCGGCUUAAUUGAAUAUUUCUCUUUUUGACAAAACCCAAGGGUUUCUCAAGACAGGAAUGGACGAAUCAUUUCAGCUGUUUCAGUUGGAAUAUUAAAGAAUA